AAGACCAAAAUCAAAUCAGUGUCAAUUUAUUGGCUCAUCCCUGUUAAGUUUCCCGAUUUUCCAUUUAUUAGGAUUAAAAUAAGAACAUAAGUAAUGAUAGGUAAUUAGAUACAAGACAGCGUAAUAAAUCCUUUUUAAAAAUCUAAUAUCUAUCAUAUAACUUUUAUAAGAUGAAUUUUGUAAAGCAAUUAUGGCGAACAUCACCGGCCAUUCGAAGUGCUUUUAUAGCAAAUUACUCUGCUGCAAGACCAUUAUGUUCAGUCACAACAAAUCCAAUAAAACCACUCGAAAUGGUGCCGCCAAGUACCGAGGAAUUAGACAAAUUGUAUAAACGCGUUGAAUUAGAGAUGAGAGGCAUUGACCCCGCUGUGCUGUUAAGUUACUCUUGGUUCUGUAUUGCUGCUGCCUCACAUUUAGGCAUUGAAGUUACUAAAAGUUGGACACUACGUAAAGCAGAGAAAGAGAGGCACACAUUGCUCAGAUGCGUUCAUAUUUAUAAAAAGCACAGAGUACAAUAUGAAAUACGGACUUACUUUAGGUUUAUUCACUUACAAAGAUUAACAGGAUCGACAUGUGACACUUAUUUGGAAUACAUUGAAAGAAACUUACCAGAAGGGUGUGCUUUGAAAGUCACUAAAGUGGAAUGCCAGCCAUUACCCGAUCAUUUGAACCCACCAACAGAAGAAUAAAUGUAUAUUUUGUAGUGUAGAGUUAGUUUAAUAAAAUACAUAUUUAAGGAUUGACUGU